AUUGCCCCACUGGGCAAUGGAUUUUCUUCCUUCCCCAGAAGUCACAUCCGAGACGGCCAUCCUGGACGACAGCGCAGACUUUGACCAGCUGCUGACGUGGAUCAGCCAGGAAGAGACACCCAGCAGCAACAGACGUGAGGACGACAUGGAAAUGGACAGUUUCCUCACCUGGAUUCUUGAAGCGACGAGUGCUCUGGAGGUCCCCCAGCACAACCAGGGCCUGCCUGCAGUCACAAGAGAGGGGACCAAAGAGAAUGAGAACGCGCAAGAGGAAAAUCAUGCUGACAAGCUGCUGGCAGAACUGGACAGCUGCAAAAGGGAAGGGCUGAUGCAGUGCAUCGCUGCCAUGGGGCCAGAUGUCUCCAGCAGCCUGGGCUCUUCUUCCAACACAGAGCACCCUGACUCCCCGGGGGCCAGCAGGGAGCUCAGCAAAGAGCCCGAUCCUGAAUCAGGGCUCCUCGCAAACCCGCUCUGGCGGCAGCCAGCAUCGCCUGAGCUGCCUGAGCCGACCCCCCUGGCUGCCCCCGCACCUCCGUCGCCCCGCACCGCACAUCUGAUGGAAGAGGCACGGCGGAGGCAGCCCCGGGUGCAUCUCACCCACCUGGAACUGCCCACCCCCCUGGCUGCCCCCACACCUCCAUUGCCCUGCACUGCACGUCUGAUGGAGGAGGCACAGUGCUGAGUGCUGCUCAGCCGCCUGGCACUGCCACCCAGGUGCAUCUCCUGCCAGCUGGCAGACAAGCACCACGGGGACAGCAGCCAAACGGCCUAGUGCCCAGCACCCACCUGCACCACCACAAGAGGCAAAAGCAGCGGGCACAAGCAGCACACUGGCAGUGUCCCCGCCACAACCAGGAAGCCACCGCGCUGCCAGCAUGUUCCAGGCCACAAACACCGGCGCCAGGCGGAGCUGCCUGUGUCAGCACGGCGGCCAGCAGGAGGACUCGGUGCCCAUCACACCCCAACAGCGGCUCCAGCAGGAGCGGACCAGGAAACCGGCCCACUUGGUGGAGCAGGAGACGUGGCCGUAACCGACCAAGGCGCUUCCCUGUAGCCCUGGGCUCCUGGCCGGCCCCCACCACACCCAGAGAGCAGCGGCAGUGUUCCAGGGGCACCAGCACCAGCCCCAGCCCUACCCCUCCCAAACUGGGCUGUCCACAAACGGCAUCUUGGACUGGGGCACUGCGGGGCUCUGAAGCUGAUGGACCGACAAAGCGUUGCACUGUCAAAGCUCCGGGCUGGGAAAUGCUGGGU